UUGUACCAUCAUUACACUAUAUUGCAGUUAUCCAUCCUGUUGGGACAUACUCAUCCAUGUUUAUAUUGCCAGCAACUAAUCCCUGUCUGACACUGUGCUGUCUCAGUCAAAAUUUGUUGAAUGACACUGGCUUCCCAGGUCCCCAGGAGAGAGGAGUAGGUGUCUUCUAUUUCCUUGGCUUUCUAUCUAUUCUACAGUACUUGUUUUUCUCUUUUUUUUUGUCUUUAUCAGGUUUAUCUCGCUAGAUCUCUGAAUACCCAGGACCCCCCGACCAUGGCCAGCCGGGGUGGGGGCCGGGGUCGUGGCCGGGGCCAGUUGACUUUCAACGUAGAGGCAGUGGGCAUUGGGAAGGGGGAUGCUUUGCCUCCACCCACCCUGCAGCCUUCUCCACUCUUCCCUCUCUUGGAGUUCCACCCAGUGCCUCUGCCCUCUGGAGAGGAAGGGGAAUACGUCCUGGCACUGAAGCAGGAGCUACGAGGGGCCAUGAGGCAGCUCCCCUACUUCAUCCGGCCAGCUGUCCCCAAGAGAGAUGUGGAGCGUUACUCGGACAAAUAUCAGAUGUCAGGGCCAAUUGACAACGCCAUCGAUUGGAACCCUGACUGGCGACGUCUACCCCAGGAGCUAAAGAUCCGGGUGCGGAAGCUGCAGAAGGAGCGGACCACUAUCCUACUUCCCAAGAGGCCCCCUAAGACCCCAGAAGAUAAGGAGGAAACAAUACAGAAACUAGAGACCCUGGAGAAAAAGGAGGAAGAAGUGACUUCAGAGGAAGAUGAGGAGAAAGGAGAAGAAGAGGAGAAGGAAGAGGAAGAAGAAGAGUAUGAUGAAGAAGAACAUGAAGAGGAAACUGAUUACAUCAUGUCAUAUUUUGACAAUGGAGAAGACUUUGGGGGUGACAGUGAUGACAACAUGGAUGAGGCUAUAUACUGAAGAAGGACCCUAAACAAUAUGCCAAAUCCUCUUAUCUUUCUGGAUUUGAAAUGCAGAGAAUAACCGUCCCUAAUAUUUGGUUUUGUGGAUAAGCAAGUCAUUCCUCUGACUGUUCUCAGAGUCCAGAUAACCUUUUUGGUCCCUGGACUUGGGAGUGUAGAUGACAACAGGUAGCUCUCUUUUCUACAUUUCCCCUCCCUCCACCCUUGUAUCACCUCUGAUAUCCUGUGGAGAGGGCAAAGGACCAAUGUCCUAAUUGUAUAAAAGGGAGAAAGGAGAAUCGAAAAAAGAAAAACCUGGGUUGUUAGAGUUGAGACAGUUGACCCAUACUCAUUUUUACAGCUCUUUGUGGAGCUAAUUGAAGGGUGGGAACACUUCGGAGGAGUAAGGCCAGUUUUAUAUUUUUAAAUAAAAUAAAUAACUAAAUAAAUAAAAAUAAAAGGACAGCCUUCCUGUCCUUUGCUCCUUCCCCCAUGGUAGGACACGCACUCCCAAUCUAGCCCUGCCAGGGCACAUGCAGGAGCUCAUCUGCAGGGCUGCACAGAGUGAGUAGUAGAGAAAGAGAACAGCCUGUGCCCUGUAUAAAGGCAGUAGACCAGCUGGCUUCUGAGCCCCUGGUUCUCGGACCUGCUGACUGUCUCUGUUCACACAUGUUCACAGGGACACAGGCCUUCUCUUUCCCACACUUGACCUUGAUCUUGUCCUUGUUUACAAGGAAUAAUUACAGCUAUUUUUAUGGUGAGAGUCAAGAAAGCCAGAUGCAGGGAGGGAGUAGGGAGGAGGUGCUGACUCUUCUUCAGCACACUCCUAUUUCCAGGCCCUGGAAGACCCUAGUUUGAAAGGUAUAUUGGUACAGGGGGUAACCCCGAAAUGCCCUAUUUUCC